AUGUCAUUGACAAUUCAAACUACAGAUGAAUUUGAUCCAACAAUACCAAUGGUUCUACCACAUGAGAAGGUUUAUUCAAUCCAAGUAGGCUAUAAAUUAUUUAGACUUUCUGGUCUAUCGUUAUCAUCAGAUGCACCAUCUUAUUUCACGAAUUAUUUUUCAGAUCCAGAAAAUGAAGAUAAAGUAUUAUUUUUUGAUCGUAACCCGGUCAUUUUUGAAAAGAUAUACAAUCAUCUACAGGGAUAUUCAGUAAAUAUAAAUAAUGAUUAUGAUUUUGUACAUUUAUGGUCUGAUUGUUUUUAUUUUGGUUUAAAAAGAUUACAGAAAUUAUUAACUGAAUAUGAUAUAUUUUCAAGUGUAGGAAAUGUUAGUUUCAAAAUUCCAAAAUCAUUAUUUAUGGGAUCCGAAGGUAAUUGUCCUAACUUUUUCACUAUGCAAUAUGAUAGACUAUUAAUUAAUAAUUUGAAUAUAAUUGAACGAAAUAAUAUGUUACGACCACCACCCCAAACACCAGCAAUAGUGGCUAAUAGAAGUCCUUUAUUAUUUAGUGAUAUAUUGGAAUUAUUAAGAGGAAAUACUUCAAUAGUGAGAGAUGAAGAACAUAGAAAACUAUUAAUUAAAGAAUGUAGAUAUUAUAGAUUUUUGGAACUUGAACAAAAAUUAAUUAAAGUGAAAAUAUUGAAUGAUGCAAUUAUUAUUGAUUUGUUUGAAAUUACCAAAAAAGGGACAUGGAAUAAAUCGAAAGAUAAGAGUUUCGAAUGUCCUUUAUUUUACAAACGACCUUAUAUAACGGAACCAUCAAGAGAAUUAAUAGUACAAAUCAACUCCACUGUAGAGUCAAGUAUCAAAUUGGUGAUCAAUAGUAGUAAGAAAGUUGCAUGUAUAAAAUUCACGAAUAAGUUGGCUACUAAAAUUGCAUCCAUUUUUAAAGAGUACUUAGAGAACGUGCUACAAGAUGAAAAUAGUUUAACGUUUCUAGUUGGCUUCAAGAAUUCAAAAUCAAUUAUUGAUGGGGACGUAAUGAAUGAAAAUUGGGUAAAUGAAAUCAUGGGAAUAGAUGAAAAAGAUAAACAAGAAAAUAAUGGUUCUGAACAAGGACUGAAGAAACGAAAAUUAUCAGAAGAAUGCAAAGGUGAAAUUAUAGAAAUCAACAUAACUAAAUCACUAUGGAAAAUUAUGAUGAGAGGAAAAUAUUCAAGAUUACAUGCUGUUUUGAUUAAUGGAACAACAAGUAAACAAGAAGAAGUGACUUUUCUUGUAUGA